GAAAACGAAGAUGAAAAUGAAGGAGAACCUCUCCUUCGUCGUUCGCAAACCGACUUCCGUCAUGGCCGCGAUGUACAACAUACAAACAGAUGCAUUGCGUCGAUGCUGAUUGUUUUCAAGAUAUGUUUUUGUUCGCUCGGUUUGUGGGGACAUCAGUUGUGGAACUAUAUUCCUCGUGUUUUAUUUGUGCUAGUUUGUAUCUUUCAAACUAUCUACAGGUUAUUUAUCGAUUUUGGUUGCGUAGACUUCGACUGUCACUUUAUGCAAAACUCAACAUCUGAAGCUAAAACACAGGUUCAUAAAGAUGACUUUUCAACUGGCUACGCAAUUAUUUUCUCCAUAGCUUCCCUUGCAGCAGACUUGUCCUAUGUUGUUUUAGUUUGUUCUUUUGUAGUGGCUAAACGGAUGGACUCGGCGUUAGUGGCCCCAUCAGAGACGUUAACAAAGGACCUCAACAACACCGAUGUAACUUUGUUAUCUUUCGCUUUCACUUUCAUUAACACGUCGCUUUUGUGUUUAGUAGUCUCAAUUUACCUUUCACCAUCAAGCAUCGAGAUGCUUAAUUCCACCUCUUCUCUUGCCGAAAUGGCAGGAAUAGCGGGGCAAGUAUUGGCUCAUUGGACAUCUAUCAAUACCUGUCACGUCUUCGCAGUUAGUACUGCAGCUAUAGGUAAGGAUACUUAAUAGAGAGUAACCGAAUUAUGCCUAGCUUGUUCCAGGCUUCAAGAUGGUGGGGAAAGCGGAUCGAGAAACGUUGCGCAAAAACUGCGUGGGGGCUGGUGAGAGACGGUAUAGUAGAGUCCUUGAAGUAGUAGAGCAGUCUCCCGUUCUUUCUUCCCGCCGUUUUUCGCUCGUUCGCUAUUUCACUGCUAGCACUGUCACUUUUUUCGCUCAUCUUCACUGACUGAGAGCCUGGAACAGGCUAAAUUAUGCCCCUUACUUUGUUUUCUAGGUUUUCAUUCUUGGGCUAAGUUAAAAAAAAAAAAAAGAAAUGUUUCUCGUCCGGAUUUCUAUAAAAAAGAGAGCGGGCGAGCGCCUUUUUUUGUUAUUUCAUUAAAAACACCAAUAGGACUAUGAUUUAGCCUGCCUGAAAGCUCUCGUGAUUUUCUUCUUUGGCAUACACUGCAGAACGGGUAGCAGUCUUCUUGAAUUACUAAAUCGACCUUACUUCCACAAAAAAACACAGUGGAUCGGCGAAUGCAAGACAGAAUGGCAGUGCUGUCAACUCUCGCCAACUGUGCCGGAUAAUUCGGGAGACUCCAGAUUUUGGACCGUAUUUCCCAGUCUCCAGAUUAGAGUAUGAAAUCUCCCAGAUAUUCACCGAAGUUUGCCAUUAAGUUGUAGACUCGACUUUCCUUCAAUAAACUUUUUUAAAAGUUGUUUGAGCCAUUUUACUGUUAACAUCGAACGUUUCCUCAUAAACUUCGGUAUGGUAUAUUAUGCCAUUGCAAUGUACGCAAUAAUUUGAAACAUUGCAAAUUCGUGACGGUCGGCUCAGCGAGUAUUUUUGCACAAAUGACGUCAUAUACCGUGCGAUAUGACGUCAUCUAUCAUCCCUUCCCAAUCAAUUCUCAAUAUUUGAAGACGUGGGGGGUUGACAGCCCUGCAUUAUGGAACCCCUAUUUAGCUUCAGUUCAAAUCAAAACGCAGACAAAAGCCAUCUCUUUUUAUAUAUUUAGAGUUUUCUUUGUACUCAAUUGAGGAGAACUGAAGUAAAAGUAACGCCUGUUAGUUUUUGUUCGUACAAACGUUACUAAUAACAAAUAAUAAAAAAAGAGAAACGUCCCAAAAAAAUGAAGCGGGCGGGGACGAGAAACAGUGGUUUUUUUUUUUUUUACUUGGCCUUAACCGUCAUUGUAAGGCGAAGUACAAAAUCAGCAAAUUGACAAAAUUCAAGGUUUUUAUAAAAGAUGAAGGGAAAGCCAUGUUCGGGAAGAUAGGAUGGACACAAAGUCGAGUUCGAGUUCCAUAACCGAUGCCACAUAUGUAAUGAAUUUGUUAUUGACUCUCUUCUCCGCUCCAUAGGGUAAUAUUUUUCUCCGGGUACUUCGGUUUCAGUUCUCUCCUCUCAAAUACCAACAUCUCCACUCCAAUUUCAUCUGGAAGGACGGUUUCUAAUCCGUUGCGGACACGAGGGCCACAAGCUUAUCAGUUCUGAAACUGUCAUGUGUCACCCAUCUACGAACAUGCAUUCCCCAUAAUUAACGUUAGUUUGUGGGCAAUUAAUCACAACCUAACCAGUUCCAGCAGCAUUGGAGAUCUCUAUUUCUGAUUGGCUAGAAAAUAUUUCCUGGGCGAUCGGAGAUGGAUAUUUCAAAAGCAUGUGGAACUGCCUAGGUAAGUAAGAUUGAGUCGUUAGGGUUAGGAUCGUUUCGCCACUCUUUCUGUUUGGGGGAGGAAGGCGGGCUCAUUUCCUGAACAGCGUCUGAUGUCCGAGGCUAAGCCGGCCUCCGAGGAUGCGUAGACCUGUACAAAAGUGAGGGUUGUUCUUUGUUUUAUACCAUGAUGCAUAAUGCACAAUUGACCAAAGCUUGUCUCCCCUUUAUGCUCCCCCCACCCUUUGUUCGGGCUAAAUUGGACGGUCCACCACGCCUUCAGCUAAAAGUCAGGGGCACCCAAUGGAUCUCUUCCUCAAAAUACCUGUUCUUCAGGCAAAUUUUUGUUGGCUGGGAGAUUUGGAAAAAAUAAUAUGUCCUGGGAAGGAAAGUGUCUCUGGGACAAUUCAGGGUGUAUAAGUUUAUUUGAUGUCCGGAAUAGCUGCUAUCCCCCCCACCCCCGCCCCCCGCCCACAAUUUUGCCUCACGUCCACACCCAAAUUGCCCAGUAAUAUAUUGACAUACGUCUGCUGGGAAACUUCCCAGUAAGUCAGGUUGCGGGUUGUAGGUGCACCUUACUGGCUGGGAACUCUUCCAUUAGUCUUGCUGGGAGUAAGGAACAGAUAAACAUUUCCCAGCAAUCUCCCAAAAUGCUUAAAAUCGUUUCAGAAAGAUUUAUUCAUGCUUUAUUGUUUUUAGGUCUUUUUCUCAAAAUUUCCCGUUGGGUACCCCUGAAAAGUUGAGACAUUAUAAGGAAACAACCAAACAUAUAAACGCCUUUUCAUCAUGAUCAUGCAGUAUCCACAAAUAUAAUUCUAAUGUUUUAUUUUUUUUCUGGGCUCAGGUACCUUUUCACAAGAUGCUUUCAGGCUCAUCCAGGCUGUUCAAAACGGGACCCUAAAUGAAAUUAUAAGAAUACAUGAAGACCUUUGCUCAGUUGUCUUCAGAACCGUGUCAGCCUACAGUGUGUGGUUUGUACUACACUGGUUCACGUACGGAGCAAGCGUCGUUUUAACAGUCAUAUACAUCUCAGAGGAGGCUCAUAGCAGGACCAAGUACCAUACUCACACUACUGAGUUCGUCUUUCUCGGGUUGGCACUCGUCUGUUUUCUUUAUCAGUUUUUAUUUCCUUGUUUUUGUGCCGCUAGGAUGACAAGCAACUGCACUGGUAAGAUAUUCAUCGAGUUACCUCAGGAGCCCGUGAUGGGCCCAUGAUGGGCCCAUGAUGGGCUUCUGAUUACAUACAGACCAGCAGACCGGGGGUAGCCCGGGUUCCGCAGUGAGGGAAAAAGGCAGAAAAAUCGGUGAACCGAACGGGCAUCUUGGAAGGGGAAAGCCGGCGUCCACCUCUCGGCUCGCUUCGCUCGCCGACUUUUUUCGCUGUUUCAUCCCGUUUUUUGCCUUUUUCCCCCACUAUGAAGCCUGGUCCAAGGCUAACCGGGAUAAGCUUUUUAAUUCCCUAUAGAGGUGUCGCCACUGUUUCUCCAAGACUUCGGGAUCUCUUGCAGAUCUAGACAAGGCAAAGAUAAAAUUUGCGACUUUGUCAGUAACAUUUCCCUAGUGAUCCCACACUCGAUCGUUCUAUAUUUCUUGGAAACAUCGGCCUUGCUCAAAAAUGGUGAUUUUUCAUACCCUGUUCGACACAUGUAUUCUAGAGUCAAAGGAAUACGAAGCAUACCCUUAUGAGCGGCACGUGGCCUGCAGAAGUCGUAUAUAGAGAAAGUAGUGUUACAAUUAUUAAAAACUUCAACUGCAGGUGUAUAAGUCUUUUAUUCACUCACUGCUGAGUUCGCGAUCACUGUUAUUAGUGUACUAAUGUUUUUUUAAAACAAAACUGUUAUUUUAGCUAAGUUAUCUAAAAAGUCUUGCGGGGGUAUUUAACGUGGCUUAAUGAGGAAAACGAGCGCGCGUCCUUGAAAUUUCCUCCUUCGCCCUAAAACAACCGGCGCCUGCUAGUUCAGGUCGCAAUAUAAUAGCCAAUUUGCCAUUUUAUAGCCAAAUUCGUUGUACAGUCAACUCUCUCCAAGACGGACACCUUUGGGACCGGCACUAAAUGUCCGUCUUAGAAAGAGUCAAAUAAAGGGAAUAAGCAAAGGCAGGGACCAACUCUAGGUGUCCGUUUUACAGAGGUGUCCGUCUUACAGAGGUGUCCGUUAAGAGAGAAUCGACUGUAUCGCGCUGCGCGUUUGCAAACUUCGAAUGGGUUUCUCUGUUCCGUUUUUCAGUCAUUUGAGUCGGGGGUGGUGUUAAUCACAAUGCAACGCACUCACCCAGUUUGGCACGUAAAAACAAAACUGAGAAUGACUCUAGACUGGUCAAGAAUAGCGAAGAAAAUCUCUAUGAUGAGUGGAAUUUUUGCCUAGAGCAGGAGGCAGACAUUGCUUUAUUCUUGCAAGAGAUAAGAAUAAGAAAGAUCAGAAAAAUCUUCGAAGAAGACUAGUCAAUUAUUGCCUGAAACAGGGCGAUUACAAGCAACGAAUCAAACGAACCUUGAAACACAGGAGCAAACAGAGUGGAUCGAAAUGCACCAAUCACAAGUAAACGUGUGCUUCCUAAAAGGUCCCCUAAGAUGAUUGACGGAACAGAAAAACCCAAAUUCCUUUGAAGUUUGCAAAACGCGCAGCGCGAUGCAACGAAUUUGGCUAUAAGAACAAAAUUGCGCCACCGUCAAAGUCAUAAACUCACAUGGGCACCCGCAACUUCGCGAAGAUCCCUCGUGGAAUUUGAGAUGAUAGGUGAUCGUGUUGCGACAUUCCUUGAGUGCUCUCUGAACUUCCCAAGUGCUUCAUAUCUCGAUAUACAACGCAUGCUCAGCGGAAGAAUGACCAGUGAUUUUGCUUUACAAAGAGACAAAGAUGAAAGAAAUGGAAUUUAUUCAUCUCCCAAGAAGGUUAUUUCCGACGCCAUUUUAAUUUGUUUAGUUUGGGGCGCGUGUAUGGCACAAAUUGUGCUUAAAAUUGCAUACACAUUUGAUGACUGAUAUCGAUGGAACCAUGCAGCCCCAUCACUGAAAAAAGGUAUCCAGUUGCGGUCUGCUACACUGACCAUCGCUUCUGAUAUUAUAUAUAGAGGUUAUACCAGUUUGGUCUGUCCUUUGUUUAAUAGUCGGAACAGGUUUUAAAUAUACUUUGAGUAAAGAUGAAUAUUCUAAUAUUUCGUUUCAUUCAAAGGUAUUUACGAGAAGAUCAACUGCAGCAUAUCUGAGGACUGGCACGACGGCCAUCCGUUUAAAGAUCGUCGAAAUAUAACAAUGUUUGUUUCCUACGCUGAGAAGAGAAGAUGUGGGUUCAAAGUCGGUAGAAUCACGUUCACCACUAGUUUGGCUUGGUUUUCUUUCUUCUUUGGUCUUUUCGGUUUACUUUACCACUUUUUUUGA